GGAUGCCUGCCUGCAAAUUUACUCCAAGCAGCUCUUCAGCCUGAUCGAACACUCUUCAACGUGUUCUCCCCAUAUGCAAUUGGGUUCCUGUGGCCAUGGCUUGAACUACCUACUGUGUCUCGGCGGCAGACUCACGAGUGUCCUCUUUCCACCCAACUAGCAGGCAACCACUCGGCCGGGGACCCUCUCCUGAUCGAACUUCGCCAUACGCGCGACAGCCUCCUGAACCUCAUAUACUCUACGUGGCAGGAUACACGUCUCAACAAGCAAUAAGGAUUCAUCAGCAAUGCGCUCGAUGAUGCUCCUCUCUGCACACCAGAUGCCUUUCGACGUAUCCUGAUACCUGAGUUUCACGCGAUGCGACUUUUGAAAUUCGACGGUGAUGGUCAGCUGAGCCUGACCAAAGACUUGAUCGAUGACAUUCCACACUACGCGAUCCUCUCCCAUACGUGGGGAGCAGAUGAUGAAGAAGUGACCUUCAACGAUCUGAAAGAUGGAUCUGGCAAGAGGAAGGCUGGGUACGAAAAGAUUCGGUUCUGUGGAGAGCAAGCUCGGAAAGACAAACUAGAAUACUUCUGGGUGGACACAUGCUGCAUCGACAAAGCUAACCAUGCCGAACUCGCAGAGGCUAUCAUCUCGAUGUAUGCCUGGUAUCGUGAUGCCGAAAAGUGUUAUGUAUACCUCUCGGAUGUUUCGGUAGGGGUCGUUGACAAGAACCGCCAGCCCGAGCAGAUAUGGGAAGCAGAGUUUCGGAAGAGCCGGUGGUUCACACGGGGCUGGACACUUCAAGAACUCCUUGCUCCUAAGUCAGUGGAGUUCUUUGCCCGAGGAGGAGCAUGGCUUGGUGAUAAGCAUACACUGCAGCGGUUGAUCCACAAGACGACCGAGAUUCCCCUCACGGCACUCCGCGGCGUCCCUUUGCUUACGUUCAGCGUGGAGGAGCGGAUGCGAUGGACAGCAAAACGGAACACCAAAAGAAAGGAAGACAAGGCGUACUGCCUCCUGGGGAUUUUUAACGUGUUCAUGCCUCCAAUGUACGGUGAAGGGGAGAACGCAUUCAUUCGGCUCCAAAGCGAGAUCGAUAAGCUCUCAGGGAGUAAGGUCGACUCGAACAAGGUACCCAGAGCCCGAGAUGCUCGCCCGGUCUGGCAUAUCCCUUUUAGCCAAACAUCAGAAUUUGUUGGCCGCACAUAUCAGCUUCAACAUCUCAAACAAAAGGUUGAGGAAUUCGGUCGCAGCCAAAUCGUAUCUAUACUCGGUUUAGGAGGUGUAGGCAAAAGUCGCUUGGCGUUAGAGCUAGUCUACCAAAUCCGGUCGGAACACCCACAGUACUCACACUUCUGGAUCGAAGCCACAGAUAGAUUAACAUUUGAAAGGGAUAUGCUCGAGAUCGGGAAGCAGCUUGGAAUUCCGGGGAUUGAAGACGACAAAGCAGACGUCAAAACGCUAGUUAAGGAACGGCUCACCCAUUCUUCAGAGGGCCGAUGGCUCUUGAUCCUCGAUAACGUUGAUGAUGAGGCGAUCUGGGUAAAGAGAUUGGAUCCCACCGAUGGGAAGUCCACACUCGUGGAGUGGUUGCCAAGCUCAAGUAAUGGCGCCAUCAUCAUCACCACCCGAUCACGCCGUGUAGCUAGCCAUCUCGCUGGAAGAGAGGUGACCGAAUUGCUGGAGAUGUCACUGGAUGAAGCCAGAACAAUGUUCACGAACGCCUUGGAGAAGCCUGAGAUGGCUGCGGACAAGAACGUAACGUCCAUCUUGCUUGACAGGUUGACCUAUCUCCCGCUGGCCAUAAUCCAGGCUGCCUCUUAUAUGAACAUGACUCAAGAGCCUUUGAAGACUUACCUGGAACUCAUGGAUGAACCUGAAGAUGAAGUGAUCAGGUUAUUGAGUGAGGAUUUUGGCGACCGAUCUCGAUAUUCCAGUGCCCAUAAUCCGGUCGCCACCACCUGGCUUGUCUCGUUCAAUCAAAUUCGCCAAUAUCAUCCAUUAGCUGCGCAGUUUCUCAGCUCGAUGGCUUGCCUUCGUGAAAAAAGUAUUCCAAAGUCUCUGCUGCCGGAAGUCGGAUCCAAGAAGGAUGCUGUGGAUGCCCUUGCCACGCUGAAGGGAUACUCCUUUGUGACGGAGCAGAUGGGGAACGAAGGUGGGACAAACCAUGAGGCAUUGUAUGACAUGCAUCGACUGGUUCAUCUUGCUGCACGAAAUUGGCUCAGGAAGGAAGGUACGCUUGGUGAUUGGAAGAGGGCCAGUAUUGCACGACUCGCCCAGCUAUUCCCUUCCGGAGACCAUCAGUCCAAAGAUGUUUGGACGGUUUAUUUACCGCACGCUCAGAGACUUUGUGAAGAUGACGUGAUUGAAGAUCUUCCUGAGCGGUCCCGGCUUCUCGAAAAGAUGGGUCUGUGUCUCUUUGCCGAUGGGAAGUACGGUGAAGCUGUGGAGGCACAAAUGGCAGUGGUGCACUGGAGGGAGAGCAAGUUGGGAAUGUCCGAUGAGGAGACAUUACGGGCCUACAACAACCUUGGCGAGGCAUUGAACUGGAAGGGUGAUCACCGUGCGGCAGAGAAGCACUUUCAGCAGGCUUUUCAGAGACAGAGGGACGUCGUUGGAGCGGAGCAUCCCUCGACGCUGACCAGCAUUGCCAACCUGGCGUCGACGUACCGGAAUCAAGGUCGAUGGAAGGAGGCGGAAGAGCUGGAGGUGCAAGUGAUGGAGACUUCGACGAGGGUGCUGGGGGCGGAGCAUCCCUCGACGCUGACCAGCAUGGCUAACCUAGCGUCAACGUUUUGGAAUCAAGGUCGAUGGAAGGAGGCGGAAGAACUACAGGCUAAAGAGUUAGACAUAUGUUCGAGGGUGCUAGGGGCGGAGCAUCCCUCGACGCUGACCAGCAUGGCUAACCUAGCGUCGACGUUUUGGGAUCAAGGUCGAUGGAAGGAGGCGGAAGAGCUGGAGGUGCAAGUGAUGGAGACUUCGACGAGGGAGGCGGAAGAGCUGGAGGUGCAAGUGAUGGAGACUUCGACGAGGGUGCUAGGGGCGGAGCAUCCCUCGACGCUAACCAGCAUUGCUAACCUAGCGUCGACGUUUUGGGAUCAAGGUCGAUGGAAGGAGGCAGAAGAGCUGGAGGUGCAAGUGAUGGAGACGAGGACGAGAGUGCUAGGGGCGGAGCAUCCCUCGACGCUAACUAGCAUUGCUAACCUAGCGUUGACGUUUUGGGAUCAAGGUCGAUGGAAGGAGGCGGAAGAGCUAGAUGUGCAAGUGAUAGAGACGAGGACGAGGGUGCUGGGGGCGGAGCAUCCCGACACGCUGACCAGCAUUGCUAACCUGGCGUCGACGUACCGGAAUCAAGGUCGAUGGAAGGAGGCGGAAGAGCUGGAGGUGCAAGUGAUGGAGACGAGGACGAGGGUGCUGGGGGCGGAGCAUCCUGACACGCUGACCAGCAUGGCCAACCUAGCCUACACGCUAAAAGACCAAAACCGCGAUGACGAAGCUACACAGUUGAUGACUUCCUGCAUGGAAACAAUGGGAAAGGUACUCGGUCCUUCGCACCCUGACACCCAAAGCGCAGCGAAUACUCUGGUGGCAUGGCUAAGCACGGGCAGUGACACUGGCUUAGAUCAAGAGGUCCAAAGUGCUCACCCAGAAUCUGCAUGCGAUGAACUAGAGGCCUUGGGCUACAUGUUGGUGGAUUUUGCAAAGGGGAAACUCUCCUGGCAACAUAUCCGAACCCAAGGCGUAAGGGAGGGCGACCACCUGACCCUGCGUAUCUUGCUUCUGAUGGAAACGACCAGUGCUGAGGAACUCUGCGCAGGCCUCCCUGCCGAGUUCGCAAAGUAUAUGAGGUAUGUGCACGGCUCGAAAGAGAGACACCAGCCUGAUUAUCGCUACCUGCAAAAACUCUCCAGCAAUUUUUUCGGACGGCAGGUCUUUGAGAACGACAAUAUCUUCAAUUGGACGGAACUGGAGUUCCUCCGGCUGGAAGCGAUCGCCGAGGCCGAGGCAUCAGCAAUAUCGGGCAUUGUCGACGGAAAUUGUGGAAGUGUUGCGGUGCAGUGUGACAUUGCAGCCAAGGAGGUCUCUUCCGGGCCCUGUCAGACUGCCUGA